ACCCGGAAGCAGAUUCCCGGAUUGAAGGGCCGUUUCCCCGGAGAGGGUUUCACUGUUUCUCGUUCAAACUCUCUCGUAGGUGCCCCUAGCGCUCUGUCCUCCGCACCCAGAGGCAGGGGACCCGCGGACGUCGCAGUCCCCGCCCGCGGGCAGCCCCGCCUAGUCCACAGGCGCUCUGCUGCCGGGUCCGGAGGGAAGCUGGCCUUCCAGGAAGAAGGCCAGACUCAGGGACCAUGCCCUGCCUCCCAGCCCUCCAAAGCUCCACCUGUUCUGAACAUUGAGACUGGAGCACAUUCUCAGUCCUGACUGUCUUGCCGCACUUUCUGCCAUCUUCGUCUACCCUACAGCAAAGAGGUAAAGGACAGCAACGGGAGAGAAAAAGAAACACUGCAAGUGGGGCAUAGGUGAAAGCAAGGGCUCCCAGAAGAUCAUCAGCAGAUGAGACUUUCCAGGAAGAGAGGAGUCCUGGUCCAGGGCAUCUCUGCCACCCCAUCCCCAUCCCCUGGACAUCUCACAGGAGUAAGGACCUCCCUGGAGGGCAGACUGGACCGUUGAUCCAUUCCCUGCUCCCCUACAAGGAAUGUUUAAAUCUGCCUUGAAGUCAAAACCUAACGUCAUCCCAUGGACAUUGCCGUAUUAUUUUUCCUAGUUCUUCCUUCCUUCUCCUUGGAUUCUUCCAUAUGCUCUUGGCAACUCAGAAGGUUUGAUUGAAAGAACCAGCCUCCUUGCUGGGUGACUCAGAGGAAGAUAAAAGGAAACAGUACGCAGAAUCCUGCUAUCACCUCCAUCCCCGGACAUUUAAAUAACCCUCUUGAUCCUCAGCCCCCUCAAAUCACCUGGAAGAUUAAAUUCCUCAUCACAGUGCCUGCAUACAGCGGGCAGAGAGCAGAGCUUGAGACGCACCCUGGCACUACUUGCCUCUGUGAUGCUGAAGACAUUCUCCUUCCUGUGUAUUACAGAGACAAUUCAAAUUUCCAGAGUUGUAAACUUUGGAAGAUGCUCGUUGAACAUUCUGCACUAUGGAGACGUGUACCUGACACCUUACAGGCUUUGCCUGCUUAGUACAUGGAUUGUCAGUGAGUGAAAACCCAGAGCAAGACUGCUGGCAACAGAGUUAUUGACAAUGCAGCCACUGGAAUCUGUGACAUUCGAAGAUGUAGCCAUAGACUUCAGCCAGGAGGAGUGGGCCCUGCUGGACACAUCCCAGAGAAAGCUCUUCAGAGAUGUGAUGCUGGAAAAUAUCAACCACCUGGUCUCUGUAGGGUAUCAUCAUAGCAAAUCGGAUGUGAUUUUCCACUUGGAACAAGGUGAAGAGCUGUGGUUUGAAGGAAGAGGAUUUUUCCAAAGCCACAGUCCAGGCAGGGAAAGUGCCCUUAAAGAAGAAAUGUUAGCCACAUGGAAUAUCAGCAGUAAGGAUACAUCUACAAUCAUCCCAGUGCAGGUAUCUCACACUCCAGAGGAUCCCUUUGAAUGUAAUGAUUUGGGAGAAGAUUUCAUAUAUAGCUCAACACUGAGUCAGCAUUUGUUAACUCACAUGGAAAAGAUACCCUGUAUCAGCAAACAGUGUCAGAAACCCCUCAGUGACCAAUCAUACCUUAAUCAGCAUAAGCAGAUCCACACUAGAGGUAAGUCAUGUGAGUGCCAUCUGUGUGGGAAAGCCUUUAGUAAUUGCUCUAGCCUUAGAAGACACGAGAUGACUCACACUGGCGAGAAACCCUAUGAAUGCCAUAUCUGUGGGAAUGCCUUUAUUCAAAGCUCUGACCUUAGAAAACACAAUCUCACUCACACUGGAGAGAAACCAUAUGAAUGUCAUCUCUGUGGGAAAGCCUUUAGUCAGUCCUCUAACCUCAGACAGCAUGAGAGGACCCACACUGGGGAGCAACCUUAUGAAUGUCAACUGUGUGGGAAAGCCUUCAGUAAAUGUUCUGCUCUUAGACGACAUGAGAGAACUCACACUGGAGAGAAACCUUAUGAAUGUCAUCUCUGUGGGAAAUCCUUCAGUCAGUGUUCUGCCCUUAGACGACAUGAGGGAACCCACAAUGGAGAGAAAAGUAUGAAUGCCUUCAGUAAAUAUUCUGACCUUAGAUGAUGUGGUAACAAAGGUUAUAAAUGUAGAGGAGACUUCAACCAUAGCUUUAGCAUUUAAACACACAGAGGACUCACAUUGAAGAAGCACUGCAAUCAAUGUGAAAGAUCCUUCGUUCAUCUGUACUCAUUUUGACAUCUGCAAACUUAAGUAGAAGAGAAUCUGUGUGACAUUUAUGUGGCAAAACCUUCAAUGAGUGGUCUGAUCAUAGAUGACAAUAGAGAACUCAUACUGUAAAUAUAAGGAAUGUGGAAGUCUUUAACAACAACUCUAAACUAUAAACACACUAGAGAGCUUGGAGGGAGAACCCAGGUCUAUAAUCAAGGUGAAGAUGCUUUCAUCUAUAAUUCAUGGUUAAGCAACAUGAGCAAAAUCCAUUUGGGAAAACACCUAGGUGUUUAAUCACUGAACAAACAUUCAGGCAAGCAGUCUUUUUUUUUUCUUUUUAGGGCUGUACCUGCAGCAUAUGGAAGUUCCCAGGCUAGAGGUCGAAUUGGAGCUGCAGAUGCCAGCCUACACCAAAGCCACAGCAACACGGGAUC